CCAUACCCGACAGCCCGUAUUCCUCAAGAUCUCCUAAUGGCCCCCUCAACUACCGUCCCGAGCACUUCGGACAUCGAGGUCCCGGAGACCCUCCUCAAGAAACGCAAGCAAAACGAAAAGGCUCGGGAGGAGCGCCUUGCCAAGGCUGCUGAGGCACGCAAGGCUGCCAAGGCCAAGCGUGAAGUAGUCUUCAAGCGCGCGGAGACAUAUGUUAAGGAGUAUCUUGAGAAGGAGCGUGAAGAGGUCCGGUUAAAGCGAGCGGCGCGUGCAUCAGGGGACUUCUACGUUCCUGCUCAGCCGAAGGUUUACUUCGUCAUCCGUAUCCGGGGUAUCAAUGAAAUCGCUCCCAAGCCCCGCAAAAUUUUGCAGCUCCUUCGGCUUCUCCAGAUCAACAAUGGUGUGUUUGUGAAGGUCACCAAGGCCACUCAACAAAUGCUCCGCCUGGUUGAGCCAUACGUCACCUACGGCGAGCCCAACCUGAAGUCCGUCCGUGAGCUUAUCUACAAGCGCGGCUACGGCAAGGUCGACAAGCAACGUAUCCCCCUCACGACCAACGCUAUCAUUGAGCAGACCCUCGGCAAGUACGACAUCCUCUCCGUGGAGGACCUCGUGCACGAGAUCUACACCGCCGGCCCCAACUUCAAGCAGGCCGCCAACUUCUUAUGGCCCUUCAAGCUGUCCAACCCCACUGGCGGCUGGAGGACACGCAAGUUCAAGCACUACGUCGAGGGUGGUGACUUCGGCAACCGGGAAACUAACAUUAACAAGCUCAUCCGGUCGAUGAACUAAUCUGUUCAUAUUGCUUGGGGGUUGCUCCGGUGAUGGAGGUGGAGUUGGCGGGGGGGCGUAGCUUCCUGCGUUCGGGUAUGGCACUAAGAGACAUGUUUUAUUUUACUUGUUAUCCAAGCCUCAUAUGCCAUAUGACCAUCUGCUUGCAUGAUCA